GGUGACUCUUGUUUAAAAAUAAACAAAUAGUUAGAAUAGGUGUCUCGGUUGAAAUAUGGCAUCUGUGAAAAAUGAAAUUAUCAACGACUCGGAACCUACGAACGGGACACAUAUCAACAAGUUUUAUUUUUACGAGCGCUAAGACCUAAACCCGAUUCAACCUCGCGGCAGUCAGAUUCAGAAAAUCGAAAAUAUAGUGUCGCGUGUAGGGGGUUUGUGCGCCACUGGGAGAACUGCAGUUCUCUGGGAUUGGAUUAACCACCUACUGAACGGCCCUCUGAUCCAAUUACACCGGAAAAGUGAACGAAGUCCAUCAAAUGAUUUUAGCUGAUCAUAAAGUGAAGGUAGAACAAUUUACAGUAUUAUGGUUAUUGCUGAUUGUGAUAGUAGCUGGGAAUUUAGGAGUUAUUUAUACAUUAACUAUAGGAAGAUCGAGGAAGAGCAGAAUGAAUUAUUUUAUUACUCACUUAGCUUGUGCAGAUUUAUUGGUUGGACUGAUAAGUGUUUUGACUGAUUUAAUAUGGAGGACAACAGUCAGCUGGUAUGCUGGGAAUGCUGCUUGUAAGAUUAUAAAAUUUCUUCAAGUGGUGGUCACAUAUGGAUCCACAUAUGUAUUGGUAGCUUUAAGUAUAGACAGAUACGAUGCAAUAAGACAUCCAAUGAAAUUUUCUGGAAGCUGGAGAAGAGCUAAAUGCUUAAUUAUAGCAGCAUGGUUGAUUAGUGUCCUUUUUGCAAUUCCAAUACUAAUAUUAUAUGAAGAAAAACUUAUUCAAGGUCAAAGUCAAUGUUGGCUAUCAUUCUCAGCACAAUGGAUGUGGAAACUUUAUAUGACGUUAGUUUCCGUCAGUUUGUUCUGUAUACCUGCCAUUAUUAUCACAACUUGUUAUGCGAUUAUUAUCGUAACGAUAUGGACGAAAAGCGCAUCUACCUUUCACCACUUUAAGAGUAGAGCUAAUGGAGAACGAAGAGAGUCAGAUAACUUACGAAGAGCAAGUUCAAGAGGACUUAUUCCGAAAGCGAAAGUUAAGACUAUUAAGAUAACGUUCGUGAUUGUAUCAGUAUUUAUAUUGUGUUGGAGCCCUUACAUAAUAUUUGAUCUUCUACAAGUAUACGAGCAGAUACCACAAACUCAAACUAACAUAGCUAUAGCCACAUUCGUACAAAGUCUAGCACCCUUAAACUCUGCAGCUAACCCUAUCAUUUAUUGCAUAUUUUCUACACACUUUUGUCGAAGUCUAUGGUUGUUCCCACCUUGCAAAUGGAUUUCUAAGAAGAAGAAACGCAAACAGAAGGAUUCGACGCUUACCACGCAAAGCAGCAGUUUAUCGGAAUAUUUAACACACAAUCACAAAAAGAGAUCCGAAGGAGUCGGGACGGCGGUAGUCCGUGGCCACACAGUAUUAAUCCAUACGAAGAAAUGAUAUAUAUCAUUAUUUAGUAAAUUUAAUUGUAUUUAUGUAUGUUGUAUGUACAGUAAAUAAAUUUAUCUUAUUUUA